CUCGCAACCACCGCACUCUCCGUCGUUCUGCUUUUGAGACCCUUUCGGCUUCCUUCCCCUUCGUCUUGUUUACAUCGAACGCGAUGACCGACCUCACUUCAGAGAGCAAGUUCACCCCCUCUAAGGUUGUCGAUGAGACAAAGGAGAGGGACUGGCCGGCCAGCCUUGGAAUGAUGGACUGGGACAGUACGCGAAUUAUCUUCACCAAGAGGUCGUUGAUUGAAUUUCUCAAGUAUACUGGAACCACAGUGGAUACCAACUUCCAGAAUAUACAGAAGCUGCCCAAAUAUGCCUCGUUUGGCAAGAUCAGUGGACCCGCCCCAGAUGCAGCGGAAAGCUCGACGCCCGAAGCGGCAUCGCCACAGGCAGUAGGAGGCUCUGACGAGUUCAAGCCCACGCGCCGUGUGCGUACGGUUCCUGGUGGCGCGUCGAGCGAUAUCUUCUCGCACCUGGACGACGGAAGCGCGGUCGAUGAGCCAGCACCGAAGCCCAACCGCUCCCCCGACCCCGCCCCAGAGCCUCAGGAUGAGGGUCUGCACGGUUUUUCGAGCGACUUCAAGCCCAGCAGACGUGUUCGUUCGAAUCCUGGCGGGAACAGCAGCAUAGGUUCGUUCUUUGAAGCCCCGGAUGACGCACAGAAGGCCCUUCCAUCGCGUCGCGUGAGGCAGAACCCUGGUGGUCAGGACAACAUAGGCAGUUUGUGGUGAUCUGGAGUAGGAUCGUCUCGCGCUAAUGUGUAUAUGUGAUGUUGGAUGUCACAAGCCUGCCACUGCACACUUCGUAUUCCGCUUCACCGGGUUUGGGGUUCUGAAGGGAUCUGCUGUACCUCCAGGUCCAAGUUGGAUUGUAUUGUAUGCUUUUCUCACGCAAUGGAUAAGUUACCGGACCGAGGCUCAGC